AUGCCGACGCCGGUAUCUGCUGACGCAAGGCGCGAUCCACGGCCUGAUGUUUUGACCAACGGCAAGUUAGACAUCGGACACGAUGAGGGACCUGGGCCUAUCGACAGCCCUCCAGUGAGGCGGCUUCUGCGCUCUAUCGAACAGCACGAUAAAGAGUUCAACGAAAAUCUCGCUGUCUUGACUAAAUUUGUGAAGAUGCUGGCCUCUGAACAUGCAAAGUCCAUUCUAGACUUGAAGAAAGACUGCAUGAGAUAUGCCGGCGGAAACUAUAGCCACCACCAACAGCGACUACCCACGACAGGACCCAAGCCCACGGUUGAGGCCUCCCCCUCGGUUGCUCCACGACAAGGAGAGGAAGCUACUGAAACGUCCGUUACAAAUGGAACGUCGGAGCAGUUGGAUUCCGGUACAGAACCCCGACACGUGGAAACUUCCACGCUUGGAUCCACUCCUCAAAUAGGAGCACGUCGCGGUACCAGCGAGCCUCUUUUGAAAGACAAACGCACCGAGGUUAUCCAAAUACCUGACCCAGAGGAGCCUCCUGGACAGGAAGACGAGACUUCAAGUGUUGAUGAAGCCAACAACUACCGUGCUCCAUUCUAUUUGAGUGACGAUGACAACCAUGAUCAGGAUAUCGUGCAUGAGGAAUCUCCGGUCCCAGAUGAAACUGCUUGGCGCACCACUCCGCCCAUUGACAAUGGCAAUCGUGAUCAGGACAUUGUACAUGAGGAGUCUCCGGUUCUAGAUGGAACCGCAUGGCGCAACGUCGGGAAUGCUCAACCCACUGUCCCUCCGAAAACCCCCAAGGCACAGAAUCGACGAGAACACUCAUCACUACCUAAGAAGAGCUCCCAGUCGCUGCGGGACUCAUCUCGUCGGUGGACAGACGAGGAAGAAUCAUUUAUGAUCGAAACCAUCCAUGAUUUGAUGCAAGGGGAAGAUCUCGGACCGACAAAGUCACACAUGUGGCAACGGGCAGCCGCCAUUCUAAGCACACGUGGAUAUGAUCGCACGUACCAACAGAUGAUGGCGAAAUGGUCUUACGAUACUCGCCACAAGUGCGAAAGUCGUGGUCUGGACUGGGCAGCUGCCGUGAUGGCCAAAGUUCCUCACAUGACCCGGAAGCGCAGAUCAUCAAUGAACGAUAACCCGAACGGAGAGCAGACUGCAACACCGACAGACCAGCCGAGAGUCAAACGAAUCAAGACCAAGUCUCUGAAGCUUCGUACGUCCGUUUCAUCAUCUGCAAGAUCGGGCAGCCAUAUGUACCUUCGGUUUGCCUGGGGUCACGCCUCGAGCGACAUAGUGCAAGUGGACUGGUCCCCAGAUUCCAAACACUUUGCGGCUGCCAGCAACUCGAUUGUUGAACCUUCGAAAAAGUUCCGGAACAACCGACGUGGGAACUUGAUUUAUGGCUCAGUACCUUCCAAGAUGCUCCGAGAUCUUCCUGAACAUCGGAUCUUGGGCAAUGCCGCGGCUGGGGAGCCAAAGUAUAUUUACCAGACCGUCAGCGCGGUUCGAUUUACUCCAACGGGCAACAGGCUGUACAGUGCUGGGUUUGACAAUAAGGUCCGCGUCUGGGACGUGGGGGAUGAGGCUUCCAUCCACUGUAAGACGGAAAUACAGUAUUCUCAGCGGCUAGAAGUCAUGGACGUGGCUGGGGAGCAGAGCACAUUGUUCGCGACAGGUACCGAAGGCGGACUCCGAUCGAUCCGAGUUUUCUUUAUGAAUUCUGAGGUAGAUGUCCGGCCUCAGGAGAUCAGGAUGAACCGGGAAACAGGAAGGAAAUCGUUCCCGUUUUCACCGACGUGUCUCCGGUUCGGACACGCUCGUAGCCGGGAUUGGCUCCUUGCAGGCUUUGGGAAUGAUAUCAACGGCCAUUUUGGCGGCGGAUGCACCGCCAUGUGGAAAUUCCGUGAAGGGUCCUGCGAACAGUUACACUUUCCGCAGGGAGAUACAUAUGUGUUUGAUUGCGCCUGGAAUUCGACAGGCGACUUGUUCGCCGUUGGGAGCACAAGCAAUGCCUUGACGAGGAGAGAGCCAGGAGAGCAUUCUGUGGUUAAGCUGUACUCGCCCAACCAGCCAGACUCGAUCUCGAGGUAUAGCUGUCGCGCAAAGGAUAUCAACGAUGUGACCAUUGACUACGAUCUUGUCACGGCCUCGUGUACCGACGGUUCGACGUACGUUUGGGAUCGGCGUCAGCCUCAAAAACCCUUACACAGGCUAGCUCACGGUCAUCCCGUGAUUCGGAUCCCGCCCGGAAAAGACCGAGAGGUUGAGGAUGUGGGCGUCCGAUACAUCGAAUGGAGCCAUACCCCGGGACAAUUAUACACAGGGUCUAGUGAUGGCAUCCUCAAGUAUUGGGACACGCGGCGCUCACCUGCUGAUGUCCUUGUCGAAGACCUUGUGGACAUCGGCAGUGAAAUACUGUGUGGCCGUCUUUCGCCGGAUCAUUCCUCCUUGCUGCUGGGCAGCGAAGAAGGAGGUCUUUACCUGUUGAGCAAGUCGAACGGUCCAUUUCGAACGGAGGACCUCCAAUACCGAGUGGCGGAACAGUGGGACAAUGACAAAUAA